AUGGAGUACCUCUCAAAAAAGCGUGACAGUCUUCUCUUAGAGGUGCUGCAAUGUGCUCACGAUGAGAGUGAAGCUCGGGUAAACUCCCCUGAAACGCAGCUUCCUAGCGAGCAUCAGGAAAGUGACUUUGGUGACAUGAAUCAGAAGUCUCGCAAGAAACAAAAGGUGGAUUCUGGCGACUAUCAAUCUCAAAUUGACACAUUGCAGAAAGAAGCUGCGGAACUGAAGGAUCGAUUGGCCUCUCCAAAGCAUCAAUCUUCAAGUUUAGCCCACAAACUUGGUAAGUUGUGCAUCGAAGCCAAACAGACUGCGGCCAUUAUGAAACGCAAAUUAGCCGAGCAUGCGCACUGGUUACAGCGAGUCAGCAGUUUGAUGGAGACAGCCCCGCUAUUGGAUUUUAUUGUGCCGUCAAGCGAGGGGAAAGAAAAUCACUCAAUAUUACAAAGCAGUCUAUCUGCUCUCGACAAAUGGCGAGGGGAGGCAAAGCAACGUCCACACCCUCGCUUGAGAUUAGACGAUCGUUUACGUGCUGCUGUCACGAUUUGCCAAGCAAACGCUUUUAAGCUAUUGCAGGAUGCCAGAGAGAAAUCACCAUUGUUCCAGCAAUCGCUAGAGUUUGAGUCUCAUGGAUGGAAAAUCAUUACGGGAACGUUGCUUAAUGACCACAUUGGCUUUAGCUGCCAUCGAAUACUCCCCCCUGGGAUGACUUGCAAGGCAAAAGAAGUGGCAAUGGCAUUGUGGAACUCUGUUGAGCGAGAUGAAAUUUUCCGCACUUUUGUGCCACUUGUACAAGAUUCGAUCAUCACGUAUCAGGAGACGGACUGUUCUCUUUCGUGCCGAGUCUUGUUGCUCUCCCAAGAGACGCCGCAGCAAGCAGUAGCGACUGUCGAAGCUAUCAACUCUACUCAAGGUGAAGAGGGCCCGUGGCAAAUUUCUAUGGAAGCAGUACACGAUCAUUACCUAUGCUCUUUUGUAGCAGAUGCAUCAGGUGACUCAGUCAUGCCGAAUACGUGUCCUCCUGUAAAACUUGAUUUAGGGCUUCAAAUGAGCAAACUUAAUAUGCACAACAACUUUUUGAUGGGCGCUAAAGUUUCGAAGAUAAAGGAAGGCGUCGACAUUUUUAUUGCUGGAUCUGCACACUUUGAUCUUCCGUACUACCGAGAGCCAACGCUUGACCUGCUGCAGCACUUUGUGUCGCACAUGCCUGUGUACGAGGAUCUUCAUUUGACGGCACUGGUGGAUUGCCACGACAAAACAGGAGCAGAUGCUCUCUGA